GCCGCGCCGAGGAGGCGGAAGCGGCUCGGCGGGCGGGAGCAGCCUUCCUGGGGCCGCGGGGCGCAACGGGGCCUCGAGGCUACGUCAGGGCCCCCGGGGCCGCGGCACUUCCUCCCCGCGGCGCCGCUUCCGCUCGGCAGCCGCCUGGCAGGGCCGCGGGCUCGCGGGGCGCCGGCGGCCGCCCCCAUGUCGCUGGCGCUCAAGGCCCGGCAGAAGGCGAGGCGCAAAGGCGGCGCCAAGGAGCGGGUCUUCGGCUGCGACCUCCUCCAGCAUCUCCAGCGCUCGGGGCAGGAGGUGCCCCAGGUGCUGCGGAGCUGCACCGAGUUCGUGGAGCAGCACGGGGUGGUGGACGGCAUCUACCGCCUCUCGGGCGUCUCCUCCAACAUCCAGCGGCUGCGGCAAGAGUUCGACAGCGACCGCUGCCCGGACCUGCACAAGGAUGUCUACCUGCAGGACAUCCACUGCGUCAGCUCCCUCUGCAAGGCCUAUUUCCGCGAGCUCCCCAACCCCCUGCUCACCUACCAGCUCUACGACAAGUUCGCCGACGCUGUGGCCAUCCAGAUGGAAGAGGCGCGCCUGGUGAAGAUCAAGGAGGUGCUGAAGGAGCUGCCAGCACCGCAUUACCGGACCCUGGAGUUUCUCAUGAGGCACCUUCUGCACAUGGCAUCCUACAGCAGCCAGACCAACAUGCACGCGAGGAACCUGGCCAUCGUCUGGGCCCCCAACCUGCUCCGGUCGAAGGACAUCGAGGCCACGGGGUUCAACGGCACCGCAGCGUUCAUGGAGGUGCGCGUCCAGUCCAUCGUUGUGGAGUUCAUCCUCACCCACGUGGAGCAGCUCUUCGGGGACGCCCCUCUCUCUGGCAGCGAGCACAAGUCCCUGCGGAGGUCCCUGCUGCCCGGCGUGGGGCUGCCGGGGCCCCUGCCCGACGGCCAGCCCGUGCCCUACCACGUGCCGGCCGUGCUGAACCAGGGCGACGGGCCGCCGCAGAUCCGGCCCUAUCACACCAUCAUCGAGAUCAGCGACCACAAAAGGAAGGGUUCCCUCAAGGCCAAGAAGUGGAAGUCCAUCUUCAACCUGGGCCGCUCGAGCCACGAGUCCAAGAGGAAGCUGGUGAAGCCGGAAGAGAAAGAGGAUAAAUGCGGUAAAAUAAGCUUGAGGCCAGCCAAGAGCAUGGACUCACUCAGCUCCAUGCCUUUCAUCAGUGAGGAUGUCCCUCAGCUGGGCAAGAAGAGGUCGAUAAAGCAGCCGCCACAGCGCCGGGAGAGCUUCGACACCUGCUCCUCGCCCUCACGGGAGGAGAGUUUCCCGGAGCAGGACGAGAGCCUGGAGGAGAAAUUCAAGGCGAAGGAGGAGCCGCGGAGCCUGGAGUCGGAGGGCGAGAGCAGCACCAAGUCGGAGCCCACCACCCCCAAACCAGGACGGGCGUCGCUGGUCGGGGGGGCUGCCCCGGGCCGCUCGCCCAAGGCCGCCCGCAGCCGUGCCGAGAAGUGCGCGGGGGUCCACAUCUCAGGCCCCUUCUCUGUCACUGUCCCCUUCCACAUCACUUCCAACCUGUCCCGCCUCACCCGGGGGCUGGAGUGCCCAGCACUGGGCCAACUCAGGGAGCCCGCUGCCAGCCCUCCGGCUUCUGCCCGCGCUGCUGCCGGGGAGCCCGAGGCACCCGAGCCGCAGGAAAACCCCAUGGUGGGGGCAAAGGCGGACGGCCCUGCGGAUGCAGAGGAAACCCGGCUCUCCCUGGAGCUGCGGGACUCCUUCGCCUUCCUGGACAACCAGGACUCAUGGCUGGACUACGCCAGCGAGGGCGACCCUGCGGCACGGUCCCUGCUCGGAGACGCUGGCCUCGAGGACGGAGACAGCUUCCCAGCCAUAGAGGAGGGCAUGGAAAGCGGGUUCAUGAACCCGGGGGAGUCCCCCAUGGAGCAGCCCGCCAGCUACUUGUCCAUCGAGGAGUGCAUGGACGAGGAGAUGUUCUUCAUGGCUCCCAGCGGCUCUGAUGCUGAGGACUCCUCCAAGGACACCGACUCCGAGGACAUGUUCCUCAGCGCCAACGAUGACCUCAGCCCGCUGGCCGCAGAGCUGGAGCCGCACACAGAGCUGGCAGACCAAGGGACGGCUCCGGAGCCGCCCGUGCCUGCUGAACCGGGGACCACCAGCAACGUCAUACUGCAGGAUGGCUUCCCAGUGCUGGAGGCGGCAGGGCUGCAUCCCGUGGAGGAGGAUGCCGGAGGUGACGGGGAGCAUCCGAGGGGGCCAGGGGGUGAGACGGCAGAGCGGGGUGCACAGGGUGAACCCCCAGAGGAAGAGGGGCAGGGCGGAGGUGGCGAGGAUAAGGCUCUGGAUGACAGCGCUGGCCCAAGCAGAACUGACUCCAGCACCGAAUCCGGCACUGGAGAUGAAGCUGGACAAGCCCUGGGCUGCAUGGAGACAAGUCCACUUCCCGAUGUGCCAGAUGGGGAAGUUGAAGAGGAUGGAGCUGGCUGCGGUCCCCCUGCAGCAGAGGAGCUGGAGACGGGGAAGGCUCAACCCCAGCCGUCACAGGGGUCCCCUCCAGUCGCCUGGCUGGAGCCGACCCCUCAGGAGCCGCGGAGCCUCCCGCUCCUCGAGUUUCUGCCUCGCUCCACGGCACGCGCAGAGGGGACCGUCCCGGAGGGCAUCCCUGACGCUUCCCCACUGUCCGCCUCAGCCCCGGAGCUGCGGGACGCUCUCCCCGAGGCCCUGGCGCGAGGCUGUGUGGAGCUGGCCCCGCGCCCCGAGCCGGCGGCCGUGCUUCGCCGCGACGGCAGCGCCGCGGUCCGCCUGGCCUCCCGCACUAUCAGGGUGCAGCAAGCCAAGUCCGUGCCCGUCGUGCCGCCCAAGCCGCAGUUCGCCAAGAUCCCCCCGGCCCUGAAGCCCAAGACACCGCCGGCCGCCAGCGUCCCCUGGGCCAGGGGCGGCACAGACGGCGAGGGCCGGGGGGCGGCCCUGCCCCGGUGGCUGCCCAGCCCCACGGCACCCGAGACCCCCCACGCGCAGCCCCCGGGGGGGACGCCGGAGAAGCGCCACAGCAGCUCGGGGUGCCCGGGCGGGAGCGGGGACGGCGGGACGGCGGCGAGGCGAGCCGCGUGGCGCAACAGCGGCAGCAUGUCCUUCGACGCCGCCGUGGCCUUGGCCACCGAGAGGCACCUGGCGCAGAUGCCCGUGAGGAGGAUGCAGACCUACGGCGGCGAGGAGCUGCCGGAGCUGCCGGGAGCCGCCAAGCCCCUUCCCUUCCACAAAGCCCCCCUGAAGCCGCUGGGCCAGCGGCUGCUGCGGCCCCUCAGCUGCGUGGUGGCCCCCGAGGGCCCGGCCCUGGGCAAGGCACCGCAGGCCCCGGCCGGCCCCGACCCGCCUGGCGAGGCUCCCGGCUCGGCCGCCCGCCAGCCGGAGGCACCGGCGAGGGACAGACUGAGCCUGCCGCGGGCGGAGGCGGAGGAGGCCGGGGCUGCCCCGCGGGGAGCGCGGGCAGCGGAGACCCCCGGCGCGGCGGGCGAGGGCUGAGGCGGCGGUGCCCGGUGCCCCAAACUGCUCGGACGCUGGGGCUGGGCCGACGUCUUCCUCCUGCACCCCCCUUUCCCUUCAGCCAUGUCCCGCUAGGGCUCCCUCCGGGAGCUCGUCCUGGCCACACGGCACGGCACAGCCACGGCCUCGCCCCUGCUGUGGGCACGAGGCCGAGAGACUUCGGGGACUGUGUGGGUGAAUAAAGGCCUGGGGUCUGUUUUCCCGGCA